UUCCACUUACGAUCCAUGCAUAUGUUGUUUGAAAUGUGAUAAGCUGUUAAUGUAAAGUAAACAUCGAUUGAAAGAAUCGACAGCUGCAUUCACAGUGUUUAGUUUCCACAAGAACCCGCAAUGCUGAACAUCUACAGCUCAUUUCGUCCAUUGGAGCGCCUUCUCCAAUAUGUUGGAUUCGUACCGCUGUUGUGGCUUGAACAAGGCUUUCAGGAAAGAAGCAUUCCAAAAAUAAUGCUCAACUGCUCGAAUGUUAUUUUAAACAUAAUUGUGUGCGUCUUGAUCCCAGUCAUAUUUGAGCGAGACUAUCUAACGCGUUCUGUACACACAUCGUCCUCCAAUGUGUCACGAUUCCUGCUGACCAGUUUCACGAUAAAACUGAUUACGUACUGCCAGCCGUUAGCGUCGAUUUUGAUAGGGAACGUUCAGGCGGACUGCCUCAAGAAUAUACUUCAGGAUUUAGAUCAUUUUGACGUUCAGCUGAAAUGUGCAUGCAAAACUAGCGUCAAUUUUGGACACCAUCGAACACAGGCGUUCAACUUCAUCCGAUGCUACAUAUUGUUCUCGGGAUGUGUUCUUCUGAUGCAGUUUUACUUUUUAAGCAGAUUGAUUCUGACCAACUUGAGCUCUGUCCAAUACGUGUUGUACAUGAUUGCGAAUUGUACCCAAGUGUUUGUAACCGUUCAGUUCGUUUCAUCACGAUUUGAGAAGCUGAACGAGACAUUAAGGAUGUACUUCCCGACGACGCCCACUUCCGGGGGGUUCCUGACGACGACGGCUCCUGGCCACACCGCCGAGACGGCCGUCUGCAGCGAGAAGGAACAGCUGACCGUCCUGCGGCAGAUCAAGAUCCUGCACGACAAGCUGAACGACGUGGUCGAGCUGGUUAAUUACUGCUUCUCGGUGCAGAUAACGUUCUGCGUGGGACUGUGCUUCGUCAUCGGUGUCGUCUGCUCGUUUGGGCUGUUCCGGGCGUUCAUCUAUCGGAACGAGCUGUUCUACAUGGGCGUGCUGAACUUCAUCUGGUACAUGUACUAUCUGUUCUUUGUGCUGUUUUUCAUCGCCGUCGGGAGCAAAAUUACCCGGGAGGGUAAACGCAUUGGAGUGCUCGUCCACAAGGCCAUCAACUGUUCUACGUCCACUGCGGUUAUAAACGAGCUUAACAUUUUCUCGCAGCAAUUGCUCCAUCGCAGCCCGGUUAUCACUUGUGGAUUGUUUGUCUACGACUGGACCUUGCUGUACACGAUGAUUGGCGCGACCGCAACGUAUCUCAUUAUCCUGAUUCAAUUUGACGUUUCGUUCCCGAACCUGGUGAACGUCAACGGCACGGCGACCAGCCCGGGCGUGUAAGGGAAUUUGCGGAAACGGGAUCAUCCACUCCCACCUACGUAAAUUUGCGGGUGUGUUCGUGGAAAACUGCGGUCGAUCUACUCGCUAUCAAACUCUCUCUCUCUCUAUCUUUCUCUGUUUCGAUGUGUUGACAAUUCUGUGAAUGUAUGUAGGUGUUUGCAGCUAAUGCUAUUCGUGAUAAUUGUUUACUGGACUGUGAAAUAUACCCAAAUAAGUACCUGUUUA